AUGCCACACGCGACUACCACGACGCCCCCUUCUGCGACGGACGAUGAUAAUGGGUCUCGACCUUCCCCCUCCUCCGCAUCUGAUAACCGCGGAGAUAAUGGCAAAAAUGCGGCGUCGAAAAACCGUAAACCCCGCAAGAACAAUGCGUCUGGUGGCAAGUCAUCCUUGUUCUGGGUCCAUACCGACCCUGAAUCGGUUUCAGGGGGCUCCAGGGAGGAAACGCUGAAACGCAUCCGUUCCCAUGUCAUGUCGGAGCAUAAUCGCAAGAAGCGACUGGAAAACACCAAACGCUACAAGAGCAAGACCUGGAAACACCUCGCGUUUCAACCCGUCGAAACCACCGCCACGGCGGCCGCCAACACGACCACCCCAGCUGGCUCGAAAAAAUCACCCGCCUCGUCUGGCAGUCGAAAAUCCUCGUCGCCAUCAUCCUCAUCCUCCGCAUCUCCCUUGUCUUCGUCCUCGUCACCCCAGCAAUAUAAACAAAAUGAGCUUGCCGUCACGAACGCUCCUUCUGCCGUGGGGAACCUUUCACCCCCGUUUACACAGGCCGCACAGCCUUUCCCCGGAGCAUCUCCGUGGAGCUAUGUGGGCCAUAACGCUAACGAUGCGUUUUGCACGACUCAUACACAGCUAUCCGGUCGUAUGCUGCGGCAUCUGGAGUACUUUCUUCGCGAUUUGACCCCAAUGGCAUACCCGUUACAGAGACGACACGGGCCGAAAAUCCAGGCGCACUGGGGGACAUUGGUCCAACAUGACCCUGCUUCGCUGCAUGCUUCCAUCUGUGUUGCUGCAACUAAUGCAGCUCUUAUGACUGGAGAGUUUCCUAUGCUCGAUCCGAACAGACAGCGGACCAGUGUGCUUAUGCUCGAUACUUUCCAUCAUCGCGGUGAAACGAUUAAACUUGUGAACGAGGGAUUAUCAGACCCGGUCAAAGCUGCAAGUGAUGAAUUAAUUGCGGCCGUUUCGAUCUUGCUUACGAUCGAGGUCGCUUCUGGAAACCCUGACUACAUAAAAAUCCAUCUAGCUGGGCUGAGGCAGAUGGUGGCUUUGAGGAAUAGCUUUGCCGAUGUGCCUCCAGAUGUUCGAUUCCAGAUUUCAUGGACGGAUAUCCGAGUCGCAUGCAUGGCUUUUACCAAACCGAUCUUCCCCUUUGUCCGCUAUGCCCGCCCAUCUCACUUCUCACUCACCCCUCCGAUCCCGGACCUUUCGAUUACUGGCUCUCGCUUAAUAUCAUUGAUUGAGAUACCCGGUCUCUUUGACGAUGCCUUGUGCAAAUCGAUAUACGAUCUCCUGGAGCUCACGUGGUAUUCAGAGUGGAUCAAGGGCGCGGUAUACCGGGAAUUUGACGAUGAGAUGGAGACAUACUUCAAUUCUGAAGUGUUGUAUGUCGAGUACUCGCUUCAUCGCGAUCGAUUUGCGGAGACAGGCGAGGCCAAGGGCGACCUGUCGAUUGGGGGAGGCGUUCGACUGGCCUGUCUUUUGUUCCACAACACUGUAAUUUGGGAUUUUUACCCGAACAACGGGCUUGUGUUUCCCAAACCGAUAAUUGCUCUCCGGUUGGCACUGGGGAGCACCAUUCCAACAGGAUGCUUCUCACACUGCCGGGAUUUGCUGAUCUGGCUCUUGUUCAUCGGAGCCUGUAGCUCCCAGCACCUAUUUGAGCGAUCCUUUUUCGUGACCGAGAUGGCCACUGCAGUAAGGAGUGCAGGCAUCCAGUCCUGGCAGGAACUCCGAGCGCUACUGCUAGGUUUCUUCUACGUGGACCGUCGAUACCUGGCACCACUGCGAGGACUCUGGGACGAAAUCCAUAUGGUACCAAUCCAGGUCUAG